AUGAAGAUAAUCAAACCUGUGCCGCCUAAUUUGGACCACUGGGAUCUAGUAUGGUACCAAAGACCGGAUUUUCCCAAAACUCUAUUCGCGAGAAUACCUUACGACAGCAAUGCGUUUGAUUUGCCAACAUACGAACCGUCGAUGCAAAUAUGUCAAGAGUACACGGUACCAAGAAAAUUUCGCUUCCAAACCGGCAUAUCCGAAAGCGCUCAAGUAAUAUGGAUGGAGCAUCGACCAGGCUCACCAGAAACAACGGAGAAAGCAAAACCGAAGAAACUGAAGAUGCUCUGCGUGCCGAAGGACACGAGGCUGAUGCCGAAGAAAAUAGACAUCACCGGAUUGUCCGGAAAAGAUUUGUUACUGGCGAGGAGGAAGAUGGCGAAACCGAAAUUCUUAGCGAGUUAAUUUUAAAAAAUAGUAUC